GGCUCUCAGUUCCAGCUCCUCACUCCAGGCGGGAGGGCAGCCGGAGGGAGGGGGAGAAGCGAGCGAGAAGGGGAGGAGCGCGCUUUGGGCUGAGCCGCUGCGGGACGCCAAUGAGACCCGACGCGCAUUUUCCUCUCCCCAGAGGCCGACUUAGGAGAGAGACCAGAAAUGAGUGGAAUGCUAUCUUAAACAAGUGAAAAAUCUGUUCUAACCUUUACAAAUACUACUUAAAUGAAGAAAGAGAAAAAACCCCACAAAAUUCCAACUGGUAAUUACCCUGUUCAGACAUUGGUGAAUAUGUCCCUCAGUCCAAGCCGACCUUCCUCAUCAGAGUUGGUGGAACUUCAUGUUUUUUAUGUCCCUGAAGGAUCGUGGAACUAUAAGCUAAAUACCAUUUCAGUAGAAGUUGUUAACAAAUUCAUUUCAGCUGGAUUUAUAAGAGUAUCUCCACACCUUACUUUACAAGCCCUGAGAGAGCGUCUUGGUGAGUUUCUUGGUGAAGAUGCUGUUGCAGAAAAAUUUUUAUUUCUGAAAUGCAUUGGAAAUAAUUUAGCUGUGGUGAAGGCAAAGCAAGAAUCAGAACUGAAACUCAAGUCAUUUGCCCCUCCAUAUGCUCUUCAACCAGAAUUAUAUUUGCUUCCCAUAAUGGAUCACUUAGGAAAUAUUUACUCAGCAUCAACGGUUUCUUUAGAUGGGCGGCAGACUAAUAAUGGUGUUGCUGAGGCUGAUGGAAUAAUCCACAGACCAGUUAGUGUAACUUUGGUGAAAGAAGAACCUGGAACAGAUCCCAGUUUUUUACUAAAUACUUUGAAAGAGCUUCUUAACAAGAAUCGGGAAGAAGCAGGGGGGAAAGCCACUCCAAAAGAAAACCAGACUGGAAAAAAUCAAAGUAGAAAUUCUGAAGUGCCAAGAUCAUUGGAAGAAUCAAACAGUGAUUAUUUAAGCAACAAAAAAAGUCUGUUUCAUUGGAAUGAAGAUAAUAGAGUUAAUAUCAUUAGAACAGAGAACAAGCAGAUAGGUAAGAAAAAGUGCAUCACCCUGCCAGAUCUUAUUGAUUUUCCUUCACUUCCUUGUCAACCUCUUUCUCCAGUAAUAACUGAUAUCUCUUUAUUACAGAUUGAAAGAGAGAAGAUUAUUGAACAAAUGAAACAAGUAAAGAAAGAAAGAAGAUAUCUGGAAAGAAUUAGAGAAGAACUAAUAAAAAAAGCUGAAAAACUAUUUGAACAAAGCAAAUUGAAGCAAUAUCAUGCCUGUGAUAGUUGGAAGAAAAAAUACUUUGAAACAAAGAAAAUCACAGCAUCAUUGGAGGAGGUUUUAACCAAACUUCGAGAAGAUUUAGAACUUUACUAUAAAAAACUGCUCAUGCAACUUGAAGCCAGGGAGAUUAAGAUGAGACCAAAGAAUUUGGCAAACAUCACAGACUCUAAGAAUUACCUUAUAGUCCAGAUCACUGAGGUACAGCAUGCUAUUGACCAACUUAAGAGAAAAUUGGAUACUGACAAAAUGAAACUCAUCAUAGAAGUUAAGAUGAGAAAACAAGCAGUUUCAGAUUUACGCAUGCUGAAAGCUGAACUGGUGCAGAAGAAAAUUAACACAUCUUUACAAUCUUCACUGGUUCCUGGAAGUGUGCCCAGUUAGGAGCUCAGCAGAUGAUUUCGUUUAUGAUGAAUCAGUCAAAUCAAAAGGGAGCAUUGGCUGCUGCAAUACAUUCUGACAAGGCUUGACUUUGUUCAUCAUAAGACAUCACAAAGAGAAAGUCACAAGCAUCUGCAAUUCCAGUAUAAUUAUAGCACCUGUCUUUGCACUUUGGAGACCAAGUUACAUCAAAGGUUACCUGUGGAAAAACACAUACCAUUUUAUGUAACAUGAUCAAAGAUGCUUAUUA